AUGUCUAACAAAAAAGACAUCGCACCCUGGCAACCCAUCCUCGCCGGCGGGGCAGCCGGGGGCACAGAGAGUCUACUUACCUACCCAACCGAAUACCUCAAAACCCGCCAACAACUACCCACACCGGGUAGCACAGGACGCCAAUCCCUGAUCUCCCUCCUCACAAGCACCAUCCGAAACCAUGGCCUCCGCACUUUAUACACGGGCAGCGGCGUCUUCUGCGCCUCCAACGCCUCGAAAUCCGCCAUCCGGUUCUUCGCCUUCGACAGCGCCCGCAAGGCCAUGCCCACAGACGCACAAGGGAAGGUAACCCCACUAGGCAACAUGUGCGCGGGCUUAGUCGCCGGUGUCGCAGAGGCUGUAGUGGUAGUGACACCCGGCGAAACGAUCAAGACGAGGAUGAUUGACGACCGGGCGGGACCGAGACAUUACCGUUCAACAGCGCAUGGGAUCGGCUCGAUACUUUCGCAAGAGGGACCGGCAGGUCUCUAUCGAGGUGUUGUACCCGUGACAUUAAAGCAGUCAGCAAACGCGAUGGUGCGUUUCACGAGCUAUAACUUCAUUUUGAAUCAAUUGACUGCGAUGACGAUGAGUGAGGGGACACAACAGCAGGGGCUACGCAAGUCAAUGAAUACGGUGGUUGCGGGGGCGUUGGCGGGUGUGGUCACGGUUUAUGCGACGAUGCCGUUUGAUACGAUCAAGACGAGGUUGCAGGCUAGGGAUGCACGUCAGCGAUAUACAGGGUCGGUGGGCUGUUUGCGGUCGGUGGUCGUUAAGGAGGGAUUUUCGGCGUUGUGGAGAGGGACGACGCCGAGGUUGGUGAGGUUGAGUGUCUCGGGGGCUUUGAGCUUCUCGAUAUAUGAGUCUGUUUUGCAAUGGACGUCACAAUAUACAAUGCCGGAGCGAGGUCAGGAAAUUGCUUAA